AUGACCACCAAAUCAGUCUGGUUACAGACAGCUUUAGCAACUAUAACAGAUGAUAUUUUAGAUACCUUGGAUAAAAAUGAGACUGGGGUGGUAUGCAACAAUGCAACAAUAAAAAAUGACACUCUGACUGGACAGCCCACCGAAGGAGCACUGUUAGCUGCAGCAAUGAAACACGGAAUGGACAUUGUAGCUAACCGCUAUAUCAGACUGAAAGAAUACCCUUUCAGCUCCGAACAAAAAAUGAUGGCUGUUAAAUGCAUUUCGAAAUAUGACGACUCUAAGGAUGAAAUCUACUUUGUUAAAGGAGCAAUGGAAAAAAUUUUACCUAAGUGUACAAAGUACAGUUGGAAUGGCAAUCUGCAGUCUAUGACUGAUAGUAAGAAGGCAGAAUUCAUAGCUGAAGCUCAUGAAAUCGCUAAAAAAGGGUUGAGAGUUAUCACAAUGGCAAAAGGAAGUACUUUACAGGACCUGGUUUAUUUGGGUAUUGUAGGUAUCUGUGAUCCACCAAGACCCCUUGUGAGAGAAGCUGUUACAAUAUUGAAGGAAUCUGGGGUACAAGUAAAGAUGGUCACUGGAGAUGCUAUGGACACAGCUAUUGCUAUUGCUCAAUUGAUUGGCCUCGAAACUUUGCCUAGCCAAGUGAUAUCUGGGGAGCAAUUGGAUUCAUUUACGGAAACAGAAUUGGACGAUGCAACUCCUCGAGCCACAGUCUUUUAUAGAGUUUCUCCAAAAAACAAACUUUCGAUAGUCAAGUCUUUACAGAGAACUGGUCAUAUCGUUGGUAUGACUGGUGAUGGAGUCAAUGAUGGUGUAGCUUUGAAGAAAGCUGAUAUCGGCAUUGCAAUGGGAAAGAACGGUACAGAUGUGUGCAAAGAGGCGGCAGAUAUGAUACUCGUUGAUGAUGAUUUUUAUACUAUAAUAGCUGCCAUAGAAGAGGGCAAAAGCAUAUUUUACAACAUCAGGAAUUUUGUUAGUUUUCAACUUUCGACUUCGAUAGCUGCCUUGUUGUUGGUAGGACUCGCUACAAUGAUGGAUAUACCCAACCCCUUGAAUGCCAUGCAGAUUUUAUGGAUCAACAUCAUUAUGGAUGGCCCACCAGCCCAGAGUUUGGGUGUGGAACCUGUAGAAGAAGACGUUGUGAAACAAAGAGCCAGAGAUACCAAAGAGCCAAUGAUCACGAAAAGGCUUAUUUUGAAUGUUCUUUUAUCUUCAUUAGUCAUUAUCUCAGGUACCUUAUGGGUUUUCCAGAAGGAAUUAAGUUCAGAAGGAAUUACAGCCAGAGAUACAACAAUGACGUUUACCUGCUUUGUGUUUUUUGACAUGUGGAAUGCCCUGUCAUGCCGAUCACAGACUAAAAGCGUCUUCAGUAUUGGUCUUUUUUCUAACAAGAUGUUUCUGCUUGCUGUGUCUUUAUCAAUAAUCGGACAAAUGCUGGUGGUAUAUGUACCACCUUUACAAAGCAUUUUUCAGACAGAGUCCCUAACUGCCUGGGAUAUGGCGUUUUUGACCGGUCUUUCUUCGUCGGUAUGGAUAAUUUCCGAGAUAAAAAAACUUAUUGAAAGGUACUGCGAAAGUAGGUGCAAAGGUAAAAAAACUCCCUUAGAAUACGUAUGACAAGAGAGGGGGCUAGGGGCGAAAACCCGCUGCAACUAGCUGCUUCCCAUUUUUGCCCCUCAAGUUAGUCAGCCCCUAACCCUUUAGAAUGUGCAACAUAUUAAUCCGCAGAAAGCGCCUAAUAUAUUUCGAAAUAUGUAAUCUGAAUGUUGUCUAUUCAGCCUCGAACAAAAUUUUGCACUUGGAUAUAUGCUUGUCUAGCACAUACAACUCGUGAGUUAACUGUCAACUUUUUAUUCACUUUUGUCUAUUAAUAUUAAUGGAAAUAUCAAGUGUAACUGAGAAGCUUGAGUGAACAUUUCAGAUAUAUUAGUAAGUAAAACAAUUUUUUUUUCUCGAUUUUGAUGGUACUCUUAGAUGUAUAACUCAUAUUUCUGUUGUAGUUGUCAAAAUGUACUGACACUGAUGAGCACUGGCAAAUAGGAUUGGCAAAUACUGUUUGACAAAAUAUUCAGAAGCUAUUUUGCGACAGUUAAAUUACUCGAAAUAAUAUAACUGAAAAUCUAUUGUUUAAUGAAUUGUCAUUGGUUUUUUGAUGAAGUUUCCACCUGUUUCACUUUUAAUAAAGAAGCUCUCUCAAUGGUGGUAACCUAGAUUUUUUUCAUGUGAAAUCCGAGAAUAAUAAAUUCUACAACAUCGCUCACUACUCUCUAGAUUUCCUGGGAUAUAUUGGCCAAUACGCUUCUAUUAUUCAUGUCGUUCAGAUGUGUACAUUAAGAUUCUGUAAACUGUAAUUUCUUCAAAAAUUCAAGUCUUACCAGUUGAGCAAAAUUGUAAUUUCGUUCAAUAAAUUACAAUUAUUAUUAUAAUUAUUUAUUCAAGUCUUAUUAUACCUUGUUAUAGUUAUUGGAUACUUAUCAGUUCAUUUGUUUCAGAAAACAUUUCUUGGUGAAUUUGUAUUCAAGAAGGAUAAGUGAACUUUUCAUGUUUAUGUUAUGUCUGGUACUGACUUCUCUUGUUCAAAUAUAUAGUCACUUCUCCACAGCACCAGACAUCAAAAAUUCUCUAACGCAAAUAAAUUAAGAAAGGUUUCCGAAGCACAGAAUACAUAUCUGAUAACUAUACCUCAUAGUUUCAUUUACUAUCAGCAUGAUUUAGUUGUUUGCUUUUCCAAUAAUUACUGAUUAUGUUUUGACUAGCUAAUUUCAUUCAUUUCACAUCAUUGAGAGAAACUACAUUGAACAUAAUGUAAUUUUACUGAAGUGUUAAUGUACAAUAUUAGUUAGCAAAUUUGAAGUAUAGUUUCCAGCUAACCUAUACAAUUCAUUAAAAACAUAUCAAAAGUAAAAUUUGUAUUCUCCUAUUUGACAGUUCUUUAUAUAAGUAUAAUCGUUUUAAGUCUAAAAAAUCUGUAGUAUUGCAAAUUUCAGAAACCCCUUUAUUGAGAUUGCACAUAUCUCACCCAAUAAAUAUUUUGAAAUUUCA